AUUGUUGGCACACCUCUCCAGGUAAUAAUUUGUCAGCUUUAUUAACUGUGACACACUGGGCUAGCUGUGUAACGGCAGGAUAAAGAGGCGAGCUUACCUAACCUGCUUUGUCUCUGUUUUGAUGAUGGCGCACUCAGGCCCAUGAAAGCUAACAUUAGCUAGGUCCAUUGGCAACUCAGAUGGCGCUGUGUCCGACAUGUUAACUUGUGCACUCAGCUGUAAAUUUGAACCCAUCAUGUCACCUGUCAGUGUGACCAACGUUUGCAAAAAAAAAACCCUUUCUUUCGUUUUGGAUGUGUGUGUACAGGCAGAACAAGCGGGCUUGAGGAGACUUUUCUGUCACAAUCGUGUGCUUCAUCAGGCGGAAGAGGCGCCGAGAAAUAAAUGUUAUCUUUUGUUUUGUUUUGUUUUUAUGCGAUUUCCCCCCCCCCCCGCAGCAGUUUGUAAAGCAUGCAGGUUUGAUAUUUCAGCCUCUUCUUAACAAACCGGUGUUAUCGCUGCUAAAGAUUGAGGUUAAUCGCACUGCAGAGAGCUGGCCAGCAACUGCGUUUUGGUGGACAAGUGGGGACAAAAGCUGGAUGGAUGCACAAACACACACAGUCUCUGUUAGUUUUUGUCAGCUGGUGUAAUGGAUGCUUGUCUCGCCAUGUAUUUUUCACAGGCGUGGACGGGGCAGGAUUAAGAAACAGGCAUGAUCAAUAACGCUUGACAACAGUUCAUGAAAACCCUGUUGUUGUUUUGCUCCAUCGUCACACGCAGUGCGAAGAAAGUGUUUCAGGCAGCUGAUUGGCUGACAGGCUGCCGUCUGUGUGGCAACUGCAGCACGUGACCAGGUAGAGCGCUGAUUGGCUUCAUCAGGUGUCAGUUGUAGGAGUUUAGGAACAUCUGUGAACACCCCUGCAUGUUCACCGGCAGAGUGACCAGAAAAAUAGAAACACCAACACACAGUCUAUGGUAUGAAGCAACAUCCCUGCUAUACAGUCACUUGCUGCCUGGACAUGACCGUUGGUUGAACUGACGCUUGAGGAGUCACAGCGGCAGCAUCCUUCAGCCAGCCGUUCAUCUCCAUGCCACUCUGAGGAGGAAUCACUCAUCCUGAGUACGAGUUCGGCCCUUGUGUUUCUCUUCUCUUUUCACCAUGGGGGGAGCCGUGAGCGCUGGAGAGGACAAUGACGACCUCAUUGAUAAUCUGAAGGAGGCCCAGUAUAUUCGCACAGAAAAAGUUGAACAGGCUUUUCGGGCCAUAGACCGCGGUGACUACUAUCUGGACGGCUACCGGGACAGUGCCUACAAAGACUUGGCGUGGAAGCAUGGCAACAUACACCUGUCUGCUCCGUGUAUAUACUCCGAGGUGAUGGAGGCCCUCAAACUGCAGCCAGGACUUGCUUUCCUCAAUCUGGGCAGUGGUACUGGCUACCUGAGCACAAUGGUUGGCCUUAUCAUAGGUCCAUUUGGUGUAAACCAUGGAGUUGAGCUCCAUAAGGACGUGGUUGAAUAUGCCAGAGAGAAACUGGAUGAUUUCAUAAAGAAUAGUGACAGCUUUGAUAAGUUUGAGUUCUGUGAACCCGUCUUUGUAGUGGGGAACUGCCUUGAAAUCUCAACAGACAGUCACCAAUACGAUCGCAUUUAUUGUGGCGCAGGAGUGCAGAAAGACCAUGAAAAUUACAUGAAAGUACUGCUCAAAAUUGGAGGCAUUCUGGUGAUGCCUAUAGAGGAUCAGCUGACCCAGAUAACCAGGACUGGCCAGUGCACAUGGGAGAGCAAAAACAUCUUGGCGGUGUCCUUUGCCCCUUUGGUCCAGCAGAGCAGAGCUGAUGGAGAGAAGCCUGACACUGUCCAGCUGCCCCCAGUGACUGUCCGCAGCCUUCAGGAUCUGUCUCGGAUCUACAUACGCCGCACUCUCAGAAACCUGGCCAACGAGGACAGCCAGGGGAAGGGGAUGGUGCAAAGAGUUCCCCAGAAGCGCAAACGCAGGCGCUGCCGACGGCGACGCAUCAACACCUACGUUUUUGUAGGCAAUCAGCUGAUCCCCCAAAUGGUGGAGAGUGAGGAGGAAGAGCACCCUGAGGAAGAACACAAGGAGGUGGAGGAGGAGGAAGAGGAAAGAGACAUUGGCGACAUUGAAAUCCUCAAGCAAGUGAACGUGUUGAGAGACCAAAUAAUGGCUUUACCGCUGCCUGAGUCGCUGAAAACAUACUUGCUGUAUUACAGAGAGAAAUGACUGAUUCACUCGAUAUCCACUCGUAAUGGGUGCAGCACUCGCUGAAAUGCUUUUCUUCACCCUUUUCAGUACAAAUGUAGCAUUAUUUCCAUUAAAUCUUGAUGGCAAAACUGUAACGGAAAGAGACGUCAUAGAUAAUAUUGGAUAAUAAUGUUAUGAUUGUCAUGAGUUGUUAUUUUUUGUUGACAUUUUCUUUUGAUUUGUAUAUCAAAAAAAAAAAGAAACAAUGUAAAAAGUAUACUAAAUGGACAUAGUUUCAGAAACCCAUUUUGAGAUUCAGAUUUUAUCACAAUGUCAGGAUUUCUGCAGAAGUGUGCAGAUCAAAAUUGUACAAAAAACAAAGUUCUUACUAUAUUUGUUAAAAUAUGAUCAUGCUAAGAUGAAGACUUUUAUUGUGUUUUUUUUAGAAGCUUUAACUUACUAUCAGUGUAUGGUGAUUUAAUGAUGCUGAAAGGAGCAAAAAACACUGAACGGCAAAUAAAGCCGCAUCCUCUCAUUUUGAGUUCAAGAGUAAGACAUUCUUGCAUAAUCAUAAAUGGGACAAUUAUGUCAUUACUCUUCUUGAUAUUUCGUUUUCGGUCAACACAUUUUAUACCUUCCUAUUACAAGAGAUCAUUGAGAAACUAGAUUGGUUCAUAAUUUUUUCUACAGGGCACCUUUUAAGGUAACUUUUUCUACAGGGUGCUUACAUACUUGUGUUUUCUCACUUUGCAUAUGAGUAGCUGACAUCCUACUUGAUAUGAAAAGGUGUUGUAGGCCCUCUCCUCUCCAUGGUUUGCUUUCCAUUGUUGAUGCAAAUAGUAUAUUAGUUUAAUCAAUCAUAUCAGAGGUUUAAAAUAAUGAUAAAACUGAUGACGGGUGUUCAGUGGUGGUUUACAUUUUCAGCUUUUUUUUUUUAGAGGGAACUGGUAAAGGGUCAAUAAUAAGCACAUGCAUGGAUAUACUGUAUGUGUUGGGUGUUCCUGACUUUGCUUCACAUCUUAUGAUUGGUCACUGGAGGUGAUGUUCCAAGUGAUCAAGUCCGGAAAUGUUUUUGACAAAAGGAAAAAAAAAAAUGAAUUCAAAGAAUAUUAAUCAAUUAGAUGGCCUUGAGACAAAUCUCAAAUUCUGUAUAGUAGUGCGUUUUUUUAUAUCGAUAAUGCAACUCAGAAUCGCUGAGGAUUUUGAAGCCUUUUGUAUCCUGGACUGUAGAAGCGUCCAACAAAGCACGUAAUUCUGCAGUCCUCAAGUGAAAAAAAAAAAGAGGUGCCAUUUUUUGGCUUAAUUUGAAUUGUGGACUGGACUUCUUGUAACGUAACUACUGUUUAAUCAAAGUACAAUUUGCUUGCAGAACUUCCCUGAUAGUGAUGGCUUUUAAGUGCCAACGUACCCCAUCACAUUAGGACUUCUGUGAGUUUUCUGACACAGUAAAUUUACCCAAACAGUGAUGUAUUUCUACAAAAAAACAUUCCACAGUGAAAAAAGAAAACCACGCAUCACUGAUAGAUGUCACACUUUUUUCUUUAUGCUUUACAGUCGCAGACUUGGAAAUUUCCUUCAUCUUACUUUGAAUGCAUAAUUUAGUAUUCCAAAAGUUGAGUUGAAUGUUGUUGAUAUUAAUUCUAUUCAAUAUAAAAGUGAUAUAUAUGUAUUGUUAUCAUAUGAUUCUGCAUAAAGUUUAAUUUGCAUUUUGGUUUGUUGUAGCGCCCUCUUGCUGUACUGUAUCUUGACACUGGGAACUCUGUAGGUCAAAACUUCACUGCUGUCUGUUAAAUAGAUACGAUAUUAGUGGUAUAGGUCUUCAUUUUGUUCUGGUGUAAUGAAAAAUAUUUUGUUUGAAAACAGGGGUUCUAUUAGUGGUUUUUGUGUGAAGAGGUAACAUUUAUUUUCUGUAAGUUUUUUAAAUUUUAUUUUAUUUUUUUUUACAUUCAUCCGGAAGCUUUGCAAGUAAGCAAUAAUGGAAUAAUUUCUCAGUUUAUAAUUACCAAUAACAACAUAGUCCCAUUUGAUUUGCGUAGUAUCCAUUAAAAUCCACAUGACCAAUUACAGGCAUGCAACAGUUUACAUACCAUUAUCUAAAAUGUAAUUGCUAAUUAGAGAGCACAUUAAGUAUUGAAAGCAGGGGACCUACAACCUCGACUCUCAGGUCACGCCUUGCACCAAAGUUAAUGGGACUGCUGUGAUUACAUUUAAUGUGGACGAGAGUCAACUAUACAAAAAUGGCACCCGGUAAAGACCAAGUCAUAACCAAUUCUGUGCUUUUAUAUUAAGUUAAUUUGUCAAGAGCCAAAAUAGUUCUGUUGCUGUUUAUUAGGCCUAGAUUGAUUUCUCAUAGUGUGUGCAGUUCAUUUUGAAAAUGUGUUGUUUCUCCGUAAAUGUUUGGCACAAAAAUAAAGGUCACAAUCACA